AUGGUUUCAAGCGUUCGUCUCCGUCACCAUCUCGAUGCUCAGUUUCGGAGUGACAGUCGGGUCUUCAGACAGCCUCGUGUCAUUCAAGUUAACCGAGACGCAGCUACAAUGAUGGACGAUGAAGCCAGUGUCAGCGGCAUGGGCAAUGUCACUGAACCUCCUUGCUCCUCAGAUUUCGAAUCUAACGUAAAUCAGUCGACACAUUUUCGAUCUCGAACAUUCAGUGAUGGCUUCAUUAGAAACACAAGCCUCGAAUUGUUACUGGGUGUUGAUUGCGAGGCCUGUCUGGCACUCGCUGCACAACAACAUUGCAUCAAUGAACCCAAUACGGAACAGGAUUUUGAUUUGUGCUAUGACCGGCUUCGUACAUCCAACAUCGAUACAUCACAAAAAAACGUUAAAGGAAGAAAUUUUGAUAUAAACGACGAACUAAUGCCGAGGAACCCACCUUUGGUGAAAUAUUCAACACUUGAUAAUCGAAGCAGGUGUCGAAGUUUGACAGCAUGGCAUCGUCGAUGGUGUUGCGUGGCCAUACUUGUGUUGGUAGCGGGCACGGCCUGCGUCGCCGGACCGCUUGCUCUUAGGGCUCCUCCUGGUGCACCCUUACACGAAGACUCGUCCGCCUCGCAGAAAGAUUACUACACGACACCCCACUUAUUGAUGGACAUAACGAUCUACCGUGGAAUAUAA